UAGAAUCUUCAUGGCUCAAAGGAUCAAAGGAUCAAAGGAAAAUUCCAUUCUACGGUCCCUAUAUAAGCAGCAGCUCUUCAGAUCAUUUCAAACCCUUCAACAGGUGACCACUGCGAAAACGUGCCGCACAACGCAAGACAAUCUUCCUGAGCAGACACUAUUACAGAAGGCAUCUGUUCAUUGGAAACAAAGUGCUACUGUAAACCACAACCAAAGAAAAUGCAACAAGAUAGGAAAGCAAAAGAGACUCCUGAACCAAGCUUCACAGACAGAUCAUCCAACAGCCGUCAAAACCUCUCAAUGGAGUGCCCUGCACCUCGUCAAGAAACUGAAGAGCUGAAAGACGCUUUGGCUAAAGAGAAAGCCCUCUGUUCAGAUCAACAGAACAUCAUAAAAGAACUUAGGAAGCAGCUGGAUGAGACAAAGAAAGAGUUGAAGAGACAGAAAUCCCUGAAAGAAACGUUUAUCAUCAAGGCAAAAGAGACAAACAGAGACAUGGAGAGGCUGAAAAAACACUGUGAUCCUCACACUCUCAGAACUGCAAAUAUUGCCGAUCCGAGUGAAACCACCAGGGAAAAGAAAAAGAGAGUCCUCCACAAUGAUUAUGAAAAACUGCAAAUGGCUUAUAUUAUCAGAAAGGAGAAGUUCACAGCUGAGCUCCAGGCAGAGAAGGAGAAGAACCAGUUUCUCCAAGCACAACUAGACACAAGCAGCGCUAUAUACCAUGAUCUCCACAAAAUGUAUCAAAAUGAUGCCAACAAGGCCAGAGAAAUGGCUAACGUGCUUCGGUGUGAACUUGAGAAGGAGUACCAGCAAAGGAUGAUCCUUCUAAAGUACCAUGAGGAGCUGCAAGAGAAAUACAGACACAGCCAGGAAACACUCACUGCUGAGCUUCAGGCGGAGAGGGAAAAGAAAAUACUUCUCCAGCAAGAACUGGACAGCAUGAAAGUUUCCUACCGUGAGGACCAACUAAGGUAUGAAGUCUCCAAUGUCAGACAGCAGGCUGGUACCCUCCAGGGUGAGCCUGAGAAGGAGACCCAACAGAAGACAGUCCUGCUGAAAGAAUAUGAGGAGCUGAAAGCGGCACACAUGCACAGCCAGGAGACGUCCUCAGCUGAGCUUCAGGAGCAGAAGGAGAAAAACAAGCUUUUCCAAGAAGAACUGAAGAGGAUCAGUGUUUCAUACCUAGAGAUCAGUCAAAGGUAUGAAACAGAUAUCCUCGCUGCCAGACAGCAAGCUGACACCCUUCAGUGCCAGCUUGACAGAGAAAUUGAGGCACACACAGAAAGCCUUUCACAAAGUUUUAACACAAUCAAGAAGCUGAAGACUGCCCUCUGUCAAAAGGUGGUGGAGGAGACCAACAAAAUGGAGCAGGAAGAGUCACCUUAUAAGAGAGAGCUGGAGAGGCUGAAAGCUAAGCUCAGUGAGCAGAUCUCACACAACAAAAACCUUUCCACUGAGCUCGAGGCCGAGAGGAAAGACGACCCGCCUCCAAGAAAUAUGGCCUGGCCUGAGGAGAAGCAUGAGGAUGAGCCCGGCCCUGCACCUGCUGUGGACCCACCAAAAGAAGUUGAAGUCACUGAGGAGCUGCCGAACAAUCAACAGGCAUCCACCUCUGAUGCACCAGAACUCGAACAUCAGCCUCCACCAGACCUGCCUCCAAGAAAUACAGCCAGGCAGGAGGAGAAUUGUGAGGAUGAGCCCGGCCCUGCACCUGCUGUGGACCCACCAAAAGAAGUUGAAGUCACUGAGGAGCUGCCGAACAAUCAACAGGCAUCCAUCUCUGAUGCACCAGAACUCGAACAUCAGCCUCCACCAGACCUUCCUCCAAGAAAUAUGGCCUGGCCUGAGGAGAAGCAUGAGGAUGAGCCCGGCCCUGCACCUGCUGUGGACCCACCAAAAGAAGUUGAAGUCACUGAGGAGCUGCCGAACAAUCAACAGGCAUCCACCUCUGAUGCACCAGAACUCGAACAUCAGCCUCCACCAGACCUGCCUCCAAGAAAUACAGCCAGGCAGGAGGAGAAUUGUGAGGAUGAGCCCGGCCCUGCACCUGCUGUGGACCCACCAAAAGAAGUUGAAGUCACUGAGGAGCUGCCGAACAAUCAACAGGCAUCCAUCUCUGAUGCACCAGAACUCGAACAUCAGCCUCCACCAGACCUUCCUCCAAGAAAUACGGCCAGGCAGGAGGAGAAUUGUGAGGAUGAGCCCGGCCCUGCACCUGCUGUGGACCCACCGAGUGAAGCUGAUGACCCUGACCCUGAGUCUGAUGCAUCAGACCUUGAACACCAGGAGGAGGCUGAGAUCUCCGAGGAGACUCCCCAACCAAAGACGCCUUCCUUCUGGAAAAGAACGCGUCACGUCCUCGGCUUGAGGAAACCACAAAAGUGGAAAAAUACGAACAAAAACCAAAUCCAAAAACACCAUCAUCCACCAACAUCAAAAUAA